GUGGGCGUGGCCUGUUUCGUAACGUCAAGCGUCGGCAAGGCGUGACUAAGCAAUUCCAACCACUUCAGCGAAACAAAUGGAAAUCAUGGCGUCCUGACGGCUUCGGCAGAGUUUUGUUAUCCAGUACUGAAGUAUGCAGAAAUGUGCUAGCCGGUGGGCCCUUACAGCGAGUUUUCUUCCGCUUUUAUGAUAUUAACCACUGUUUUCAUUCGAGCUAUUAGACGUAUUUCAACUCUGUCCAUCAGAAUGAGUGAUCCGGCUGUAAAGAGGGUAGUGAGUGAUAUCAAUCGCUCUCCAGAAGACAAACGGGAGUAUCGAGGACUCGAGUUUACAAAUGGGCUGAAAGCCGUUCUCAUCAGUGACCCCACCACUGACAAAUCAUCAGCCGCACUGGAUGUCCACAUAGGUUCUUUGUCAGAUCCCGAGAACAUUUCAGGACUGGCCCACUUCUGUGAGCACAUGCUGUUUCUGGGAACCGAGAAGUACCCCAAAGAGAACGAGUACAGCCAGUUUUUGAGUGAGCACGCCGGCAGCUCCAAUGCCUUCACCAGUGGAGAGCACACCAAUUACUACUUUGAUGUAUCCCAUGAGCAUCUACAAGGGGCUUUGGACAGAUUUGCCCAGUUCUUUCUCUGUCCACUGUUUGAUGAGAGCUGUAAGGACCGAGAGGUGAACGCAGUGGAUUCAGAACAUGAGAAGAAUCUCAUGAAUGACGCAUGGCGGCUGUUUCAGUUGGAGAAAGCCACUGGGAACCCUAAACAUCCUUUUAGCAAAUUUGGCACUGGCAAUAAGUUAACCCUUGAGACAAGGCCAUCUCAACAGGGCAUUGAUAUCCGUGAGGAGCUGCUCAAGUUUCACUCCACCUACUAUUCCUCCAACCUUAUGGGAUUGUGUGUGCUGGGCAGAGAGUCGCUGGAUGAUUUGACAUCUAUGGUGGUGAAGCUUUUUGGAGAGGUCGAGAACAAGAACGUCCCUGUCCCAGAAUUCCCAUCACACCCUUUCCAGGAAGAACACCUGAGGCAAUUUUAUAAAGUUGUGCCUAUCAAGGACAUUAGAAACUUGUAUGUGACCUUCCCUAUCCCAGACCUGCAGAAGCACUACAAAUCAAAUCCAGGUCAUUAUCUGGGCCAUCUGAUUGGACAUGAGGGUCCAGGGAGUCUUCUGUCUGAGCUCAAAGCUAAAGGAUGGGUAAACACACUAGUCGGAGGCCAGAAAGAAGGAGCAAAAGGAUUCAUGUUCUUCAUUAUUAAUGUGGACUUGACAGAAGAGGGGCUGUUGCAUGUCGAGGAUAUCAUCUUCCACAUGUUCCAGUAUGUUCAGAAGCUGCGGACAGAGGGCCCUCAAGAGUGGGUCUUUCAGGAGUGUAAGGAUUUGAACACUGUGGCUUUCAGAUUUAAGGAUAAGGAACGUCCUCGUGGAUACACGUCUAAAGUGGCUGGACUGCUGCAUUACUAUCCGCUGGAGGAAGUCUUGGCUGCUGAAUACUUGCUGGAGGAGUUCAGGCCAGACUUGAUCGAGAUGGUGCUUGAUAAACUGAGACCAGAGAAUGUCAGGGUCGCUGUUGUCUCUAAAUCGUUUGAAGGGCAGACAGACCGGACUGAGGAGUGGUACGGCACGCAGUACAAACAGGAAGCGAUUACUGAUGAUGCUAUUAAGAAAUGGCAAAAUGCAGACCUCAAUGGAAAGUUCAAACUGCCAAUGAAGAAUGAAUUCAUCCCGACAAACUUUGAGAUUUAUCCUCUAGAAAAGGAUUCCCCAUCUGUCCCAACUUUGAUAAAGGACACAGCAAUGAGCAAAGUUUGGUUCAAACAAGAUGACAAAUUUUUCCUACCCAAGGCUUGUUUAAACUUUGAGUUUUUCAGUCGCUACCUAUAUGCAGACCCGCUGCACUGCAACAUGACUUACCUGUUUCUCAGGUUGUUGAAGGAUGAUUUGAGAGAGUAUACAUAUGCAGCCCGCCUGGCAGGGUUGGUCUAUGGCAUAGCGUCAGGAAUGAAUGCCAUCCUUCUGUCAGUCAAGGGUUAUAAUGACAAACAACACAUCCUGCUGAAGAAGAUCAUCGAGAAAAUGGCCAUGUUUGAGAUCGAUGAGAAGCGCUUUGAUAUCAUUAAGGAAGCGUACACGAGGUCUCUGAAUAAUUUCCGUGCUGAGCAGCCUCACCAGCAUGCCAUGUAUUACCUGCGGCUGCUCAUGACUGAGGUGGCCUGGACCAAAGACGAGCUUCGAGACGCUUUAGAUGAUGUGACGUUACCUCGUCUGAAGGCGUUCAUACCGCAGCUGUUGUCACGGUUACACAUUGAAGCCCUGCUGCAUGGCAACAUCACCAAACAGUCUGCUCUGGGCAUGAUGCAAAUGUUGGAGGACACUCUCAUUGAGCACACUCACACUAAACCCCUCCUGCCGAGUCAGCUCAUUCGCUACAGAGAAGUGCAGGUACCUGACGGUGGUUGGUAUGUUUACCAGCAGAGGAAUGAGGUUCAUAAUAACAGUGGAAUCGAGAUUUACUAUCAGACUGACAUGCAGAACACCCAUGAGAACAUGCUGCUGGAGCUCUUCUGUCAAAUCAUCUCUGAGCCAUGCUUCAACACGCUACGCACCAAAGAACAGCUGGGUUACAUUGUGUUCAGCGGCCCCCGCAGGGCCAAUGGAGUGCAGGGACUGCGUUUCAUCAUCCAGUCUGAAAAAGCUCCUCACUACCUGGAGUCUCGGGUGGAGGCCUUCCUCAAGACGAUGGAGAAGAGUGUGGAGGAGAUGGGAGAGGAAGCGUUUCAGAAACACAUCCAGGCACUGGCUAUUCGCCGUCUUGACAAACCCAAGAAGCUGGCGGCCGAAUGCGCCAAGUACUGGGGAGAAAUCUUCUCCCAACAGUACAACUUCGACAGGGAUAAUAUUGAAGUGGCUUACCUGAAGACACUGACAAAGGAACAUAUUAUGCAGUUUUACAGGGACUUGUUGGCCAUUGAUGCCCCUAGAAGACACAAAGUGUCUGUGCAUGUGCUGUCUAGAGAGAUGGACUCCUGUCCACUGGUUGGAGAGUUUCCUGCUCAAAAUGAUGUCAAUCUGGCUCCUGCCCCUUCACUUCCUCAGCCAUCAUUGGUUCUGGAUAUGACUGAAUUCAAAAGGAGUCUGCCGCUGUUCCCUCUCGCCAAACCUCACAUCAAUUUCAUGGCUGCCAAACUGUGAUCAGCAUCAUGGGAUUGUCAGAGACGCCCAAAUAUGGAGCCAGUAACACCGUUGUCUGUGUGUGUGUGCGCGUUUGUGUGUGUGUGUAAGCAGGCAAGGCCACGAUGGAGCCGCUUGCAACAUUUUUAGUUGUGCUCUGCGUCAGACACGCACACCUGAUAUCUCUUAUAUACAUAGAAAACAUACAAUGUUUGUUUCACGUUGCUUCUGACAGGAAAUUUGUAUCCCUAUAUAAUAUAGGAAUCACUCGCUGGCAACGACGACACACUCAAUGUUCGGUUUAAUUUCAAAAUGCUGUUUCAUUUCAUUUACACCACUGUUAAGCAAAAACACGAGAAACCGUUUGGAGAGGCUGUUGUGUAAUUAAUCAAGACAAGUCUCUCUUGAAAUGAAAUAACUGACCUUAAGAUGGUUUUAAUCAGUGAUCAGGUUUUCUGGCACUUUUUUAAAAGUUUAAUUUAAUCUAUUUGCUUUGAGUUGUUUUUAGUUUCUGUGCAUGUUUGGCAGAGUUUUAUCUUUAAGGAUAGUGUUGCAAAUGCAAGGUGGUUAACUUGAUGGACUUUGAUUUUAUUUGCAGUUGACGAAAUAUCAUAAUAAACAAUUUUAAUAUCA